CAUAUGAAAGGGCUAUAUUACAAUAUGCCAGUGUUUAUGCUAACUUCUCGAUAAAUUGAUUUAUUGUAGCAUCUGUGUCUGCAUCUCUGUUUUUUAUAUCCAUACGUAGGGUAUUCUCUUGCUCUCCUCACCCCCCCCCCCUUUUUUUUUUCCUCGCUGUGGUUGCAAUGUUGAAUGCUACAUUGCUUUCGAUUGUACGUCGCAGAAUCGUCAGCUCCAUCUUUGCUUGAAAUGUCAAAUACCCACACCUGUGUUUUCAGCCUCGUUGUGCUGUGCCUGGGCUCAGUAACAUGUAAGGAGUUCUACUUUGAGAAGGGCAAGACCGACAUCAUUUCCUGUGGCACUGCUCCAGGCAGAACUAUUGAGUGGAUGUAUGGUUCACAGCUGAUUGUCAAGCAGAUUAAAAACGGGCCUCAAGCUAAAGGCCCGGCUCCGAUGGCGCAGAGAGCCAGGAUGAGUCAGGGCACUUUACGCCUCUCCAGCCCGGAGAACGCCGAUGGUGGGAGUUACAGCUGCGUGGAUGGACAGACCGGAGGCACGAUACAGCUCCACCAGGUGUACAUAGUCUCAGCUUUGGCCAGCCCCAGCAGCUUGGUCCUGCAGGGGACCAGGGUGGAGCUGCGCUGCCAGGUUUCGGCCGGCUCCAGUGCCACGCCCGGCCCCAGUGCCACGCCCGUGUGGCUCCAGCCGAACGGGACCGCCGUAGAGACCCCGAAGGACGGCUCGAUCACCCUGCAGCCGGUGGAGCUGCACCACGCCGGGGUCUGGGCCUGUCAGGUCAGCCCGGAACGCAAGCUCAGCCUGACAAUCACUGUGAUAGGUCUGAGUUCGACUCCCAAACUCAGCGUGAGUCAGGGGGAGUCUGUCCUCCUGCCCUGCUGGAGUCCCUCCAGCAUCCCCAAGGACUGGAACCUCCAGGAGGCGGAGUGGAAGAAGCUCUCUCCGGGCCCUGCCACCCUUCUGUCUCUGGGGGGGGAGAAGGGGAACUUACUUUGGAAGAGCAUGGGGGUGAAGGGGUACAGCCUGCAGUUUGAAGACAAAAAACUACCCGGCAACCUCUCCGUGACCCUGAAAAAAGUGACUGUGCAGCAGUCUGGACAGUACCAGUGCUUGCUGAAGUUCCAGGACAAAGGCACCGUGAAAGCCCUGGUGACUCUAGAGGUCAAGGGUCAGCCUGGCAAUGUCAAUGACAAUGUCAAUGACAAUGACAAUGGCCCAGGCACUAACGGGUUGAACGGCAAAGACGGUCUCCUGGGCUUGAGCCUGUGGGUCUGGCUGGCUAUCGGAGUGGGCUGCCUGGUUCUGACCGUGCUCAUCUGCAUCACCGUGUACCUGACUAAGAGGAACAAGAGAAUGAAGAGGAGGGCAAGGAAGCUGAGGUCUUUGUCAGCCAGAGACUACUGCAAGUGCAACAGAGGUUCUGUGGGCCGUCCGAACGGAAGACGGAGGGAUGCACCGUCUGGGAAGGAAGGCCAGCGCUGAGACGGAGAUUUACCCAGCAGAGACGGAGAGGAGAUGGGGGCCAUACGAAUGGGGGGACUAUAUGCCAUUUUAUUUCCUCUCUGUUUGUAGUUUUGUUUGUAGUUCCUGACUCCCAUGCAUUGACAGCUACUGUAUGUGUUCAACAAACAUAUGUGGGUAUAAGAGAAGAAUUCCUCCAGCACUUGACUAUUUUACAUCUACCGUACACCCCCCUAUUCCUGCAGACAGAAUUUCACCUUAAAUAUGUGCUCCCAUCCACUUUAUUAAUCCCUUUGAAAAAUGUGCAAAUAAUAUCCAUCCCCCGGGCCUCCUUUUGCUAAGCCUGAGAGAUUGUGUGUCUUAAGUCUUGCUUUGUGACUGUUACAUUUGGUGCCUGGAACCAAUUUAGUUGCCCUUCACUAAUGAAGUGAAGGGCAUGUUCUAUAUGAAUAUGAGAUAUUAUAUGAACUAUAACUGAGAAUGAUACAGGGGCCAGGAAGUGCCUUAUAAUUGGGAGAUACUGAAAAAGUUCCUUUCUGUAAUUAUGCAUUUCUACAAAAAAGGAAAAUGCUUUAUUCUAUAUGGCCGUUGUGUAAUAUUAUUAUGUACAAUGUCAGCUUCAUGUACAUUUAUCUCAAUAAACACAGCCAAUUUAAAAUAAAACACAA